AUGCAGCUCUACACCUUCCUUGUUGUGUUGGCCUUAUGUGCCACAACCUGGUGUUCUGCUAUUCCAAAACCUGAUGACCAUAAAAGCAGGGUCUAUGACAAGAAAUUAAGUGACCAGAAACAUGAAAGCGAUGGUAUGCACAAUGCAGAUUAUGAUCACGAGGCCAUUCUGGGUAAAGAUGAUGCCAAAGAUUUUGACCAACUUUCGCCAGAAGAAAGCAAAGAAAGACUUGGAAAAAUUGUUGAAAAAAUGGACAAAGACAACAAUGGCUUAAUCACUGAAACUGAAUUAAAGGACUGGAUCAAGUACGUCCAAGACCGAUAUGUGAUUAAGGACACUGAUGACCGCUGGAAAGAAUAUGAACUGAGUACUGACAAACUCGACUGGGAAAACUUCAAGAAAAGGACCUAUGGCUUUACAGAAGAAGAAUUGGCUCCAACUGAUGAACGUGCUGUCUACAAAGAAAUGAUUGUUCGUGACAAGAGGCGUUGGCAACAGGCUGACCUUAACAAAGACAGCUUCCUUUCAAAAGAUGAAUUCAUCCAUUUCCUCCAUCCUGAAGAAGCUGAACAUAUGAGAGAUAUUGUUGUCAUGGAAACAAUGGAAGAUAUUGACAAAGACAAGGAUGGCAAAGUUAGUCUUGAAGAAUACAUUGCCGAUAUUUAUGGAAAUGAUGACGAUGAUGACGACGACGAUGAAGAAGAUCCUGAUUGGGUCAACGAAGAAAAGGAGCAGUUCCACAAUUUUCGGGACAAAAAUCAUGAUGGCCAUUUGGACAGAGAUGAGAUUGUUGAGCAGUUGCCUGUCUUGUCAUGCUUUCUUUCUUUGGCUGUGUUGUUUAACAAGGCUUUGCCCUUUGUAGGUGACAUGUGGCGUGGGGAAAAAGAGGGCGAAGCGGAACCUGAUUGGGUUAAAGGUGAACGUGAGCAGUUCUCCACCUAUAGAGACAAAAAUGCAGAUGGCCACAUGGACCACGACGAAUGUUUAAAAAAAAAAAAAAUAAAAAAAAACUCUAUCUCUCUCUAUCUCUCUCUAUCUCUCUCUAUCUCUCUCUAUCUCUCUCUAUCUCUCUAUAUCUCUCUAUCUCUCUCUUCUCUAUCUCUCUCUAUCUCUCUCUAUCUCUCUCUAUCUCUCUCUAUCUCUCUCUAUCUCUCUCUAUCUCUCUCUAUCUCUCUCUCUCUCUCUCUAUCUCUCUAUAUCUCUCUCUAUCUCUCUAUCUCUCUCUCUCUCUCUCUCUCUCUCUCUCUCUCUAUCUCUCUCUCUAUCUCUCUCUCUUUCUCUCUCUAUCUCUCUCUCUAUCUCUCUCUCUAUCUCUCUCUAUCUCUCUAUCUCUCUCUCUCUCUAUCUCUCUAUCUCUCUCUCUAUCUCUCUCUAUCUCCAUCUCUCUCUAUCUCUAUCUCUCUCUAUCUCUAUCUCUCUCUAUCUCCAUCUCUCUCUAUCUCCAUCUCUCUCUAUCUCCAUCUCUCUCUAUCUCUAUCUCUCUCUAUCUCUAUCUCUCUCUCUCUCUCUCUCUCUCUCUAUCUCUCUCUCUAUCUCUCUCUCUCUCUAUCUCUCUCUCUAUCUCUCUCUCUAUCUCUAUCUCUAUCUCUAUCUCUAUCUCUAUCUCUAUCUCUAUCUCUAUCUCUAUUUUUGUUUGUCUCUUUUUUGUCUUUUUUUUUCUUUUUUUUUCUUUUUUUUUUUUUUUUUUUUUUUUUUUUUCUUCUUGUCUUUCUCUUCUUGUCUUUCUCUUCUUGUCUUUCUCUUCUUGUCUUUCUCUUCUUGUCUUUCUCUUCUUGUCUUUCUCUUCUUGUCUUUCUCUUCUUGUCUUUCUCUUCUUGUCUUUCUUCUUGUCUUUUCUCUUCUUGUCUUUCUCUUCUUGUCUUUCUCUUCUUGUCUUUCUCUUCUUGUCUUUCUCUUCUUGUCUUUCUCUUCUUGUCUUUCUCUUCUUGUCUUUCUCUUCUUGUCUUUCUCUUCUUGUCUUUCUCUUCUUGUCUUUCUCUUCUUGUCUUUCUCUUCUUGUCUUUCUCUUCUUGUCUUUCUCUUCUUGUCUUUCUCUUCUUUGUCUUUCUCUUCUGUCUUUCUCUUCUUGUCUUUCUCUUCUUGUCUUUCUCUUCUUGUCUUUCUCUUCUUGUCUUUCUCUUCUUGUCUUUCUCUUCUUGUCUUUCUCUUCUUGUCUUUCUUCUUGUCUUUCUCUUCUUGUCUUUCUCUUCUUGUCUUUCUCUUCUUGUCUUUCUCUUCUUGUCUUUCUCUUCUUGUCUUUCUCUUCUUGUCUUUCUUCUUGUCUUUCUCUUCUUGUCUUUCUCUUCUUGUCUUUCUCUUCUUGUCUUUCUCUUCUUGUCUUUCUCUUCUUGUCUUUCUCUUCUUUUUCUCUUUCUCUUCUUGUCUUUCUCUUCUUGUCUUUCUCUCUUGUCUUUUCUCUUCUUGUCUUUCUCUUCUUGUCUUUCUCUUUUGUCUUUCUUCUUGUCUUUCUUUCUCUUCUUGUCUUUCUCUUCUUGUCUUUCUCUUCUUGUCUUUCUCUUCUUGUCUUUCUCUUCUUGUCUUUCUUUCUUGUCUUUCUCUUCUUGUCUUUCUCUCUUCUUGUCUUUCUCUUCUUGUCUUUCUCUUCUUGUCUUUCUCUUCUUGUCUUUCUCUUCUUGUCUUUCUCUUCUUGUCUUUCUCUUCUUGUCUUUCUCUUCUUGUCUUUCUCUUCUUGUCUUUCUCUUCUUGUCUUUCUCUUCUUGUCUUUCUCUUCUUGUCUUUCUCUUCUUUCUUUCUUUCUUGUCUUUCUCUUCUUGUCUUUCUCUUCUUGUCUUUCUCUUCUUGUCUUUCUCUUCUUGUCUUUCUCUUCUUGUCUUUUCUCUUCUUGUCUUUCUCUUCUUGUCUUUCUCUUCUUGUCUUUCUCUUCUUGUCUUUCUCUUCUUGUCUUUCUCUUCUUGUCUUUCUCUUCUUGUCUUUCUCUACCUACCAAAUAUGCCAAGAUUUUGCAGCAGCAGUCUUUCUUAA